UUUAUCGAGACGGGACGGCUAAUAUAAUAUUUUAAUGACGCUAAGUAUUUUAAUGGAUGUUAUAAAAAGCAUCGAUACAGAGAAUUAAGAGCUUAAGUGAAAGUAAUAGUGCUAGAUAAAGAUUGUAUGUAUGUUAAAUUGAACAUCAAUUGCUCGGAAAAUAAUGAAUUAUUGACGUAUAAAGUGCUGCCGUUGACACUCCUUCAUCAAAAUGUCUCCGUUAUGCAUUAUUGAAACCUUUUAGGACAUUGUUACUACAGUUUUUGGGUUUAGAAAAAGUUUUAUUUAAGGAAACAUAUGUGCUGCAAUUUUGACGUUUAGGGUAGGAUAUAAUUUUUGUAUUAUAUCAGUUUUCGAGUGGAAGCGCUGUCAGGAACAGUUGGAUUUAGAUAGUGUUAUGUUUUAAUUAUUAUUAAAUAAACUUCAAGUGAAACUUUUAAAGCACGCGCAAUUUAAAGUGGCUUGGGUGCGUUUAUCAACCAUUUGUAUUCGGAUUUCUUUCUAAUAGGAAUUUCCUCCAUUGGUAGGCGACUAUGAAUACAACACAUUCGAUCACUGUCGGCUCGAGCGACGAGAGUCUUUAUUGGCUAACCAACGAUAUGGGCGAAAUCGCUGACAUGCAAAUGAGCAAUGAAAAUAGAACUCGCAACGCCAAUAUUACAGAUACCGGAAGGAAUGAAGGGCUUGCCCAGGUAGAAAUUGCUGUGUUGGGGGCAAUUUUAUGCAUGGCCUUACUUGGUAACUUGAUCGUUAUCGUUGUUCUUAUAUACAGGAAGAGGAAACUAAGUCGAAUGCAAAUGUUCAUUAUUCACCUAGCGGUUGCAGAUAUUUCGGUUGCACUUUUUCAGGUCUUGCCUCAACUUGUGAUGGAUAUUACAUUUAAAUUUGAUGGAAACAAUUUUCUUUGUAAGCUUGUCAAGUACAUGCAAGUUGGAACAAUGUAUAGCUCCACCUACGUAUUAAUCAUGACCGCUUUAGACCGUUAUAUGUCCAUAUGUGAUCCGCUAAAUUCACAAACAUGGACAAGAAAGAGGGUAAAUGUUAUGGCUGCAAUAGCUUGGAUCCUUUCUGCCAUAUUUUCAUUACCACAAUUAUUUAUCUUCUCCUAUAAACAAAGACUUGAUGGAGUUUACGACUGCAUGGAUAAUUUUGAUUUGCAAAAGCAAUUUUGGACAUUGCAAGCUUACGUUACAUGGAUAUUCAUAUCAGUAUAUGCCGUUCCUUUUGUGAUACUGACCAUAUGCUAUACAAAGAUUUGCCACGUAGUUUGGGUUAGCGUGAACGCAAAAGAAACACAUAAGGCAGUCAAGCGCAAAACACACUACAGAAACGGGUCUUCGCCAUAUCACAACGAGGAGACUGUAACAAACCCGAGAGCUCACUCAAAGAAAAUGUCCAAGUCCAAAAUCAAGACUGUGAAACUUACGCUUACAGUUGUGAUCUGCUUUAUCGUAUGUUGGGCGCCAUUCUUCAUUACACAGAUGUGGUCAGCCUUUGAUAUGAACGCACCCUACUUUACAAGUCAUAUAAUUGCUAUCGCAACGCUUCUGGCCAGUCUCAACUCUUGUACAAAUCCUUGGAUUUAUCUCGCAUUCUCCGACAAACUGUGCAAUAGAAGAAAACCAACUUCAAUGAAAACGUGGAUGUCAACUGCAAACACAUACAUGUCUGAAACAGAGAGAGAUCAUUUGCGUAUGCGCCAGUUAAAUCCGGACAAUACGUCAUUGUCGUUGUCCAGGUCAUUCAAUGACUAAUACUUGACAAUACUUGACAAGAACUAUUAUUAUUUUUAUUUUUGUUUUAAAUUUGUUAAAGCUGCACUCUCACAGAUUGAACGUUUUGACAACUAUUUUAU